AUGUCUUCAAAUGCAGCCCCAAAUGGGCCCGGUAGAUGGCGAGGAGGCUUUAGGGGAACCCGCCGCGGUGGCCGUAGUGUUCGAGGCCGUAGCGGCGGGACUCGCGGAGGCAGACAGCUGCUAGCUGAUCGCGAUCUCUCGCCCAAGGCCGGUGCUGUCGUGCAUCGAUUUCGACAGCGCCAAAAGGACCUCAGUCAGGUGUAUCGCAAGGUAGCUGCUGUACAGAAAUCUGCACUUCUCGCCCUGGCGAGCCGGUCGGAGUCUUUAUUAAUCAAGGACCCGAAAGCACACAUAUCCUCAAAUCUUUACGAUGAGGUGCUCCAGGGCCUUGAAAAGAAACUUCGGACGGCCGAAGACCUGAUCGAGAAGGAGUAUGGCUUGCGGGAGCAUGCGCUGUCUGUCUGGCGGGAGACCGAGGAAUUCCGGAUCAGGACACAUUUCGAAAACAAAAUCGAAAAUGUGAUGAACGAGCAUAUUAUUGCUGCUCAGGGUUCAUUCAUGGAAACAUCAGAGAAGACCCGAAUUGCCGCAGACGAGGAUCAUACAGAAACCGAAGAAUCAGCGUCUGAACCACGGACGCCAAUUAGCCCGCGAUUUGCGCGUGGGUUCGAUAGUUCCUUUGUCCGGGACCCGGAAGGAGCGGCUCUAUAUGAGCGCGUGGAGAACGGAUGGGAAGAUCUUGCGCAACGAGCCAAGAUAGGCGAAGAAAUUUGGCCACGAAUCGUGGCUAUGAAUCAGGAAGCUGAAGUACCAGUCCCGCAGGACGGUGAUGGCAUAAAUGGACGCUUCACUAACCCGCGCUUUUCCCGACUGAUGGGUGCCUUAGUGGAGGCCUGCGAUAUUGCAGAAGGGAAGAAACCCAAGAUAGAAGAAGUCGAGGAGCCAAGCCCAUUGGAUACCCUUGCAAGCGCAGCAUUGGACCGUGGCGAGGUGAAAAACCUGCCGCUCAUGCCAUCGAAGCCACAGCAACUACCACCUGCUUCUGCUAUACUCCAACCGCCGCUGAGCAUGCCAGCACCACCGCAGCCAGAGCAACAAUUGCAGUAUGGCCAGAUGCGCCAUGAUUCCCAUAGGCCAAUACUUCCACAGCCUCUGGCCUCUCCCAUGUAUCCUCCACCUGCAGAUAUGCGCAGAUACUCGGCCCCGCAAUAUGGUCAAGGUCCACCACCUCCCCAGCUUCAUCCUCCAUUCCAGAGUCCACAUGUACAUCAUCAGGACGUGCCUUCUCAACAGCAGUUACCCCCAGUGGGAGCCAGGUCACAAUCCCAAAUACUUCCCCGUCUCAAUGAGCAUCUAAGACUACCCAACAUAUUUUCAUCAAGGAAUCAACAUCUUCCUCCCUUGCAAGAAAUGGGAUAUCACCGUCCCAGCUUACCUCCACCUCCAUACCAGGCCCCUCCUCCACCAAAUAUGCAAGGUCCCGGCCCCGGCAGGCCGAUGGGGUAUCCUCCUAUGCACCCACAAAACGUCUACCCUCACCUACAAUAUCUACCGCCACCACCAAAUAUGCAAUAUCACCAACCUCCUCCUCAACCACCACCGCCGCCGCCUCAGGGCAUGCACUUGGCACCAGCAGCUCAUGGAUCUCAAGCCUACCACCAUCAUCAUCACCAAGGCUAUCCGCCUCCACCUCCGCCUCCACCACACCAACCUCGAUAUCAAUAG